AUGGAUACACCAAUGCGCGAUGGCAUCUCACCUGAGACAGUCAGGUCCAGGGACACAGCAACACCCGCGUCUGACGUGACCGACCCCAGACCGCAUCAUCCAACCCCCAGUUCCGGCGGUUCUAGUCGUGCUCCAACUCCAGAGAAUGACCCAGUGACCGAGCUUCAAGCCGAGUCUGGCCCUGCAGGUCGUUCUCAACAAGAGGUCAAGCACAAAGGAAAAAAGCCAUUAACCAAAUCGGAGCUCUUUGGACAUCUAGAGAUCAUUAGCACCUUCCUCCGACCUGAGGAGCGCAUGCGUGCGCAGGAUCAGAGCAAGCGACCGCCACAGCAUGUUUUUCGCUCUUUCCAUGAGAAGUCCGCUACUCUCAGUGCCUUCGUCAGCGAGGACUGUCACCUUUUACAUGCUGACGUCCCACACCUCAAACUCGAGGAUGAUAUGGCGUUCAAGAAUCACGGAGAUUACGAUCCGCUGCAGGACCUGACUCCGGAACGCAUACGGCGACAGUACAAAGGCAACAAAGCGCUCGACCCCUCACCCUUCGUUUCCUUUUGGGAAACCAUAGAGGCCGCAGAGGGCGAAGCUAAGAAGAGUUACACCAAGAGUCGAAAGGGUAUUCGUCGCGUUGCUGUCGGAAAAGCCAGUAUUUCCAAUCUCAUUCCAGCCACUGUCCGAGGCCAGUUGAGAACUCGGGGUAUAGACUACGUGGGAAACAAUCUGCUCGCGACUGAUCGGUCCAUCAAGACUCGCCGUGUACGGCUCCCAGUCUGGGUUCGACCAGAAGCGAGACCCGCUGAUGGUUCACCCAUUUCGUUUCAGCAACUCGAAGACUCAGGUACGGAUAUGUGGGUUCGAGGAUCUGAGAUGGCCAUGAAAGGCCCUUUCGACAUGCAAAAUGGCGUAGGCGCAGAGCAUGACGAUGAGUGGCUUUGCUGUGGUCCUGUCCCGAAGUCAUGCAUUGAUGGCGUCUUUCCAUUCGACGGCGAGACAUUACAUCUCGAAAAGUCUUGUGACAUGGUCGAGAGCCUCAUGAGCAUCGAAAAGUACCUCUUCGAUUGGGACAUGUCCAGGUGGCGUCACAACCCAGACAUCACGGACUGGCGUCCUUUCCGAUUGGAGAUCGUUGGAGACAAGCGUAGGCAUUCCGUUAACAACGAUGACGAAGAUGAAGUUGCUGGCCAAGAAUUGGAGCAUGUAGGCAUCCGAGAUGCUUCGCAACCGCGCUCGAAGCGAGCCCAGCACAUCCGCCUGCAGCGCGAGCCCGUACUCGAGUUCAGCAAGAUUGUCACCAUCGCCGACAUCACACCUGAGCCCAUCGGCUUCAUGACAGCCGCCGCAUCCUAG